CUCCUCGCUGUCGUUAUGUUCGUUUCCGGUCUGUGCGGAACUCCAGCAUUCAGUCAUGGCGCUUUCCCAGAGCUUGUACAAUUUGCUCUUCAGAAGGACCUCAACCUUCGCCGUAACCAUCAUGGUGGGAGCCGUCGUCUUCGAGCGGGUAUUCGACCAAGGCGGAGACGCGAUUUUCGAGCAGCUGAAUCGCGGGAAACUGUGGAAGCACAUCAACCACAACUACGAGAGCAAGGACGAGUAGUAAAUUGGGCUCGGACGCCACAGCUGGAGAGCCGCGCCUUCAGCGUCCCGUCGUCAUCGUCAUGAUCAUUUCGGACGCGAUCCCCCACCGGCGGGUUU